AUGGGAGACGGCGAAAGAGGGCCUUCAACCGUCUACAUAUAGAAAAGGGCUCCCUUAUCGCCAAUUCUCCGGGCGAAGAAGCAUCGAGGAAGGACGAAGAGGAGGACUUCAAGACCCGGUCUCCGGUGAGUGAUAUCCGGGGUUUCGUUGAAGAACCGUCAUCAAUGAAGUCAGCAGUAGGUGAAAGUCAUACUUCUAUCCGUGCCGCUUAAGGGAUUGAGUAUCUAGUAUUUCUUUUCUUGAAUUGGAACAAGUCAAAUUCUUGCUCACUAAGAUUUCGUGUAAUCAUGCUCAACCUGUGGGCUUCCCCCCCCCUCUGUCUCUCUGCCCUGUCUCUCUGUCUCUGUCUCUGUCUCUCUCUCUCGUUCGCUCUAUCUCUGACUCCCCCUCUUCGCAGCUCGCAUUUAGCCGGAACUUUCGGGGGAUGACUUUGAUGAAUGGGGUGGGCUCCCACGGCCCGGACAAUCUCGCCCUCUAGUGGAUGAUGCCACUUCAGUACGCUUGCCUUUGUCAACCCAAUAUUUGCUUUGACUUUCGGGGCCAAAUAGGAUUACAUGCAAAAUUCCAUGCAUUAAACAGAGGUGAUUGUGCUCGCGUACUUCCGCACUCCCGGUCCUUCCAAAUUCUUGCACUGGUCUCAUCUACGCCCCCGCUCGGUUGACUUCUCUCCGUCUCGAUGCCUGUAUAAAAUUCGAGAGGAGAUAGAGAUGAAGACAGACAGAGAUAGACAGAGAUAGAGAGAUAUUUAGAGAGAGAGAGGUAGUUAUAUAUAUAUAUAUAUAGAGAGAGAGAGAGAGAGAGCUAGUAAAUAACACAAAUGGGUGUCAGGUCAUUAUCUUGGUAGGGUUAGAUCCCGAAUAAAGAAAGAAAGAUGACGAGCGGCGGUCGUCGAGUUCGAAGGCGAGGGAGUUUAUCGCGCUGACAGUUCCGUAAUCCUCAAGGAACCUCGCAUCUGCUCGCCAUCCCCUGUACCAUCAGAGGAAGAGGAGGAAGAAAGCUUGGUCGUCUUUCACGCAAAACCCUCAGGAGAGCCCUUUCUCUGUCCCUACGGAACACUGUGGGUGCGCUGAUGGGUUCGAUCCCUGGCCACGACCGUCAGAAACAUGCAUAUAAAUAGUGCUCUGGAUUUGGAGAGCUCCUCCCUCUCUCUCUCUCUCUCGCUCCCCCCCUCUCUCUACACCAUUUACAGAGGGAGAGAGAGAGAGAGAGAGGGAGGGAGGGAGGGGAUAGAGAGAGAGAGAGGGAGGGAGGGGAGAGAGAGAGAGAGGAGGGAGGGAGAGGAGGGAGGAGAGGGGAGAGAGAGAGAGAGAGGAGGAGGGGAGAGAGAGAGAGAGAGAGGAGGAGGGGAGAGAGAGGGAGGGAGAGAGAGAGAGAGAGAGAGAGAGAGAGGGGAGGAGGAGGGGGAGGAGAGGGAGAGGAGGGAGAGAGAGAGAGAGAGAGAGAGAGAGAGAGGGAGGGAGGGAGGGAGGAGGGAGGGAGAGAAGAGAGGAGUGAGGGAGUGAGAGAGAGAGAGAGAGAGAGAGAGAGAGAGAGAGGGAGGAGGGGGGAGAGAGAGAGAGAGAGGGAGGAGGGAGGGAGGAGAGGGAGAGGAGAGGAGAGAGAGAGAGGGGGAGAGAGAGAGGAGGGAGGGAGGGGGAGAGAGAGAGAGAGAGAGAGGGGAGAGAGAGGAGGGAGGGAGGGAGGGAGAGAAGAGAGAGAGAGAGAGAGAGAGAGAGAGAGAGGAGGGAGGGAGGGAGGGAGAGAGAGAGAGAGAGAGGGGGAGAGAGAGAGGAGAGGAGGAGAGAGAGGGAGAGAGAAAGGGAGGCAGGGAGGGCGAGAGAGAGAGAGAGAGAGAGAGAGAGAGAGAGAGAGAGAGAGAGAGAGAGUUGACCCGGUCCGCCGGGCUGAGCCUCUCCGAGGCCUGA